UUUAGAAAGUAUGUGAAUGAUUGUAAGGCUGCUUUGCUUCCCAAACUGGGCAGUGAGGUAAAAACAACAGAAGCCACAACAACCACAAACAACAGCAGAAGCUUUCCUUCUGACCACCAUGGAGUUUCUGGAAAGAACUUACCUUGUGAAUGACAGAGCCACUAAGAUGUAUGCCUUCACCCUAGACAGUGUGGAACUCCAGCAGAAAGCCUUGAAUAAAGAUCAAUGUCCUGGAGAGAAGCCAGAGGAGCUGGAGUCAGGAACCAUCUAUCACUGCCACAACAACUCCAAGGCCACAGAGAACAGAGCAAACAAGCAAGUCUACGCCAAGUGGAAACUCUGUGCUGCUUCAGGAAUAUGCUUUGUUUUCAUGAUUGCCGAGGUCGUGGGUGGGCACAUGGCCGGGAGUCUUGCUGUCCUCACAGACGCUGCCCAUCUCUUAAUUGACCUGACCAGUUUCCUGCUCAGUCUCUUCUCCUUGUGGUUGUCAUCAAAGCCCCCUUCGAAGCAGCUGACAUUUGGAUGGCACCGGGCAGAGAUCCUUGGUGCCCUGCUGUCCAUCCUGUGCAUCUGGGUGGUGACUGGGGUCUUGGUGUACCUGGCAUUCGAACGGCUGCUCCACCCCGAUUACCAGAUCCAGGCGACUGUGAUGAUCCUAGUUUCCGGCUGUGCUGUGGCAGCCAACAUUAUGCUAAGCGUGAUUCUGCACCAACGACAUCCCAGUGACAAUCACAAGGACGUGCAACCUAAUGCCAGUGUCCAGGCAGCUUUUGUGCAUGCCCUUGGAGAUCUCUUUCAGAGCAUCAGUGUGUUAACCAGUGCACUUAUUAUCUACUUUAAGCCAGACUAUAAGCUGGCUGACCCAAUCUGCACAUUCGUCUUUUCCAUCCUGGUUCUGGCCAGCACCGUCACUGUGUUAAAGGACUUUUCCAUCUUACUCAUGGAAGGGGUGCCCAAGAACCUGACUUACGAUGGAGUGAAGGAGCGCAUCUGGGCGGUGGACGGAGUGGAGUCGGUGCACGGCUUGCACAUCUGGUCUCUAGCCAUGAACCAAGUGAUCCUCUCGGCUCAUGUUGUUGCAGCAGCCAGCCGUGACAGCCAGGCCGUUCGGAGAGAGAUUGUUCAAGUCCUCAGCAGCAGCUUUACGGUGCACUCACUCACCAUUCAGAUGGAAUCUCCAGCCGACCAGGACCCCGACUGCUUUUUCUGUGAAGACCCCCGGGACUAGCUCAGUCACAACGUCAACUGUUCGGUUUCGACGGGCCCCUAUAUGCUGCUCUGCAGUUCCCAACACAGAAGAAAGAAAGAACCAAAGGAAGAGGUUUGAGAAAUUCAUGAUACAGUCCAGUGCACAUUUCAUCCUUCUUCAUUGAGCUCCGCCCACUGUAAAUGAAACUCCAGUGAGAUUCAUCAGCCAAUUGGAUCAUCAACUCAUGGGUGGCUGUGUUCAGUUACAGGAAUGUGCGUAUAGCCUGUCCCUGACUGGGGCUGAAAUAACAGCUGUUUGUAACUGGAGGCAGUAAAAAGCUAGCCUCCCUUCAAUAAUGCAUCCUGAGGAUGAGUGGGUAAAACUGAAGUCGGGAAAGUCUUAUUAGGAGUUGGCCCCUGGGAAUUCUCCCAAAACGUGCGAAGCAAAAGAAGAGUCAAGUUCAGGGGGACUCUGGAGGUCUCAGACCACACUAUAAAUUGACUCUCUCAUGCAGUAUAAUAUGAUUGGGAGCAGUACCUUUGUGCUUCCUACUCACAUCACUAUUCCCUAAAUGGGGUUAGAAAGGUCCUCUUUCC